CACGCCAAGGCAGUUCACUCACCAGAUCGCUGGAAUCAACAAUUCGAUCAGCUGUGCUUUGGAUAGCUAUACCACGAUCAAAGAAACCAGAAAUCCGUAGCAACUUAGCUAUAUUAAGGCAGCAUGGACAACAAAGAAGCCUGUGACUACCUGUCCAGUCUCAUCGGCAAGAACCUCCGCAUCCACGUCUCCGACAAGCGCGUCUUCGGCGGACAGCUGAAAUGCACCGACAAAGACCGAAACAUCAUUCUCAGUCUGGCUCACGAGUACCGGGAACCGUCUGCUGAGGUCCUUCGGAAAGCCGUCGAGGAGUCUGGGAACCCUACCGUGAAGGUCUCGUGGACUAGCCGCUAUGUUGGGCUAAUUGUCGUGCCAGGGGCACACGUGAGGAAGAUCGAGCUUGAAGAGACGACCUACGGCUAGGAAUGUGGCCAGAGAUUGAGGGUAUUCUGUCUAGCAAGCUGUCUGUGUCCCCCCCGGGUUGGACACACGUAAAUGGACCCCCAACAUC